UUAAUUAUUCUAAGAAUAAUAUUUAUAUAAUUUAAAUAACUCUUCAUACAUAAUAUUUGUUUCAUCAUAUUCAGAACCCCAAACAAAUUUCAAAAAAUUAAAGGCAAAAUGAGAAAAAAAUGGCUCUUCCACGCUACAGACUUUCAAACAUUAAUGUAUCCUUGCUUUACUAUAUGCCGCAUUCUUGGAGUAUUUCCAUAUAAGAUUAGCAAUUCAAUCUUCGUGGCUUCAAAAUUAUAUUAUUAUUUAUCAAUUGCAAUUAUCAGUACUAUAUAUGUUCUCGAAUUGGAAAACUUUUAUGAUGUCAACGUUUUUACAAAGAUCAAGUUUGAGGUCGUAACUCUGUCUUUACACGAUAACUGCUUUAUUAUAUUAACCAAUUUCAUGAUAAUCGUCACGUUCGUCUUCAGCAAUUACCGAAUGCGCUUACUCCAGACUAUAAUGGAAAUUUCCGUAAGACUAUCUCCACAAUCGUACCAGAAACUAUCCAGAUUUAUUCAUACCAAGGACAUCUUCGGUUUCUUAUAUCUUAUAAGCGUGCUUUCUCUAUAUAUUAACGCGCACGGAAUCCAAAUAUUGCACUUGAUAUUUGCAGUACACAAAGUGUUAUUAGUCUCUCAGAUAGAUAUGUUGUACAUAAAUUGCGUUUGUAUAUUAAAAUAUUGUUUUAAGGAAAUUGACAACAAUCUUCUAUGCAUAAAGAAACUUGUAAUAGACGGUAACCUACAUGCUCCUAGAACAAUUUACUAUAAACAGAAAAAUCCAUUCCUGAUAAUAAAACUUAAAACUAUGAAAGAGCAACAUCUGAUAAUUAGCAACACAGUAAAAAUGCUAAAUGUAAUCUUCAGCCUGCAUCUUAUUCUUACGAUAACAUUCACUUUUAUUACAAUUAUUUUUGGAUUGUAUUUCCAUCUAUUGCGAUGGCAUAAUGGGUUGGAAAUUAAUAAAGAUUGUAUAUUUGUAAUAUCCAUUGUAUAUCAUAUUACAAAAAUGAUACUACUUGUGUGGAUCUGCGAAACUGGCAAGAAUCAGGCUCAAAAUAUCAGCACUACAAUUCAUGACGUACUUAACAAUACCAAAAAUAAACAAAUAAAAGAUGAGUUGCAGUUGUUUUCCUUGCAAAUAUUGCAUCUUGAUAAUACCUUUUCCGCCAAAGGUUUUAAUGUGGACGCAGCGUUUUUCGCUAGAGUGAGUAAUUUGCUUGCUUUAAUUAAUAAAACGUAUCUUUUUAAUUUUUUAUCUUGCUUUCAGAUGAUAGGUACCAUAACAACAUAUAUGUUCAUUUUACUACAAUUUUUCAUCAUAUCACAUUCUUGCGAUGGAAAUUCGAAAAUCAAUAUUACACAAAUAACUUAAUUCCAUAAAAGAAGAUAUAUAAUCAGAAAAAAAUUACUUCCUUACGAAAGCAGUUCUUUAUAUACAUAUGUUUUAUGCAUGCUGUAACACUAAUAUACAUGUAUAUAAAUUUUAACAAUAAAUUUUAAAGUGGUAUUUCAUAGAUGACAAGUCGAAGAGCGUCAUGGUUACGUUAUGACUAACAUAUGAUCGAGUAAUGUUACACUCGUCGCAAUAAUUGCUUGCAGUAUUAAACUGGAACUUGUCAGGUGUGGAUAAAAAAGUUUAUUUCAAUUUACGCGUUUGACAGUGAAAAAGAUAAACUUAAAAAUCUUUUAUAAUCAUAUUAAAUCAAAGAAUGCAUUCUCAACAUUACCGAUUAAUAAUUUAAUCACAUGAUAAUAUUUAUAUAAUUUAAAUAAUUUUUCGUCCAUACAUGGUACUUCAAUAAUCGCAUUCAGAGAUCUAUAACCUUAUAAAAAUUUCAAAAAAUCAAAGACAAAAUGAGACAAAACCGGCUCUUCCACGCUACGGACUUUCAAACGUUGAUGUACCCAUGUUUUAUCAUAUGCCGCAUUCUUGGAGCAUUUCCAUAUAAGAUCAGUAAUUCAAUCUUCGCAGCUUCAAAACUAUAUUACAUUUUAUCAACUGCAAUUAUCAGUACUUUAUGUGUUCUUGAAGUGGUAAACUUCUAUGAUUUCAAUAUUUUUACAAAGAUCAAGUUUGAAGUCGUAACUUCGUCUUUAGACAAUAAUUGCUUUAUUAUAUUAACCAGCUCUACGAUAAUCAUCACGUUCGUCUUAAGCAGUCCCCGAAUGCGCUUACUUCAGACUAUAUUGGAAAUAUCAGUAAGAAUAUCGCCGCAAUCGUACUAGGAACUAUUCAGAUUAAUUCAUACUAAGGAUAUUUUUGGUUUCCUAUAUCUUAUAAGCAUACUUUUUAUAUAUACUUACAUGCAAAAAACCGAAAUAUUGCACAUGAUAUUUGCAAUAUACAAGAUUCUAUUAGUCUCUCAAAUGGAUAUGUUGUACAUAAACUGCGUUUGUAUUUUAAAGGCUUGUUUUAAAGAAAUUGACAACAAUCUACUAUGCAUAAAGAAAUACAUAGUAAACGAUGAACUACGUGCCCCUAAAACAAUUUACUACGAACAAAAAAAACAAUUCCUAAUAAUAAAACUUAAAACUAUAAAAGAGCAACAUCUUAUGAUUAGCAACACAGUAAAAAUGCUAAACGUAAUCUUCAGUCCACAACUUCUUCUUACAAUAAUUAAAACUUUUAUUGCAAUUAUUUUUGGACUGUAUUUCUAUAUAGUGCAAUGAAAUAAUGGAUUGGUCAUGAAUAAAGAUGAUUAUCUUAUAUUUUUAACAUUCAUGAUGUAUCAUAUUAUAAAAAUGGCAUUACUUGUGUGGAUGUGCGAGACUGGCAAGAAUCAAGCUCAAAAUAUAUGCAUGACGAUUCAUGAUGUACUUAACAACACCAAAAAUAAACAAAUAAAAAAUGAGGUAAUAAUAGUUCAAUAUGUAACAAAAUCGUUACGCCAAUAUAACCAUAUUUUUUGUCACCCGUCCGUCAAUGUGUGGCUUCUUGAGUGUCUUGAGUUGCAAAUGUAUAGGUUAGUUAAAAUUAAGUCGCAAAAGUAACGAAACGUCGCGCGUCGGUCAACUCUGCGAAAGUCACGAUAUGUGUGUCGCGAGAUGACGCGAAUAUUGAAAUGAUUAAACAUGCUGAAAAAGUCGUGCUGGAACGUUUUCCGUAACGAUUCACGCUAUUAAUAAAAAAAUAGGAACUAUGCAAAAAUGUUAAAAUGUAUAAAUUGGCGACUUUACUUAUAAAAAAGUAAUACGAACGAAACCACUUUUGACGCACUGGUAUGACAAAAAAGUAAUUUAAUUUGUAUAUUUCCUCUUAUAAUACAUUAUAUUAUAUAUUAAUGUGAUAUUUGUACAUUAAAAUUAUUUUAGUAUAAAUUCAUACCCCUCAUAUCCAUACUUAAUAAUUCUGCAAUCUAAUAUUACAGUUGCAAUUGUUUUCCUUGCAAAUAUUGCAUCUCGAUAAUACCUUUUCCGCCAAAGGUUUUAACGUGGACGCAACGUUUUUCGCAAGUGUAAGUAAUUUGCUUACUUUAAUUAAUAAAACAUAUCUUAUUAAUUUUUUUAUCUUGCUUUCAG